ACAUACUGUGAAAUAUGUUACAGCCAAAGAUGUCCCAUACACUACACACAAAAUUAAACCCCCUCCAACUUGCAGAACCAGACAUAAGACAACCAUUAUACUGCUUUACAGCCCACACAUAUCUCCAAAUGAUAUCAAUUUAAACACCCUCUCUCUCUCUCUCUCUCGUCCUUUUUAAUAUAUAUAUAUAUAUUUUCUGUGCUGCUUCAAAAUUCUGCCUUUCGCUUGUAUGGAUUUGCUGUCUGUUUGAAACAUCAAAAGGAUAAAAAUUUUCUUUGCUCAGAAAAAAACUAGAUAUAUAUUUUUUUAAUUUUUUAAUUUUUUUUUUGACCUUUUUGGUUGUGAAUCUUGUAUUUACUGCUAUAUAUUGAUGAUUGAAUUGGGAUUGAUGAUUGAAUUGGGUGGUUUGGUAGAGGUGAGAGGGAAGUGAGUGAUUGGGCGUGUAUGUAAUAAUCCCGAAAGUGUUGUCGGCGCAUGGUCACUUUCUGUCGGCAUUGUCUGUAUCCAACGAUGAUACAGAGAUAGAGAGAGUGAGUGAGUGAGAGCAUUUCCAUUAAUUUAUUCCAACGUACAAAAACGAAGUUCGAUAGAUAGGUAGAGACGCUUCUGGGGUUUUUAUUACCUUUACUCAGAGAGCGGCCAGCAUCUGUAUCAUCACCCACUGAAGAAGCAUAUUUAUUUGGACCUGGGCUGGCUGUCUCAUGCUCUGUCUUUGUACCAACUGAGACUUCAAGAUGCGGUCGUGAUCGCGAGUGGGUUUCAUUGCUUCUUUUAUGCCUCAAAACCCUUUUUCAUUUCUUGAUUUGGUAGAAUACUCGGGGGUAUCUUCUUGAUUUGACUGCUGCCUUUUUCCUUUGAUCGAGGAGGAUUCAAUUUCAAUGGGGGAAUGCGGGUGAAUAUUGAUUUGGGUGGUAGUUGUAUUAGAAGACUCAUCCUUUUUGUCAUUGGGCCUUUGGCAAAUGAAGCUGCGGUUCCUAGAGAUCUGGCUACAUUACUUCUCUGGGAAUACAGGUUCAAUGUGCAACAAAUUAUAUCCCAAUAAUACUCUACAGCAUAGCUGAAGUGGUUCCCAUACCAGAUGUCAGGGCAUCUUGCAGCAAUAAUAGGAGGUGCUGCAGGGGCCGUGGCAUUGGUGGGGAUAGUUAUCUUCUUUAUAUGGUUCUGUCUUUCUCACAAAACAAGCGUUUCAAGAACUUCUGAGACAGGGUCCUCUGAUCCGUCUAUCCAAGUGGGAAGACAUGUUGGGGUUGAGUUGUCAUUACGAGAAACAAGGCGUUUUGAGAUGGAAGAAUUGUCUGUUGCCACAACAAAUUUCAGUGAUAAAAAUUUAAUCGGGGAAGGAAAGUUUGGGGAGGUAUAUCACGGAUUGCUUAAUGAUGGGAUGCGUGUGGCCAUCAAAAAGCGACCUGGAGCACCUAGCCAAGAAUUUAUUGAUGAGGUACUCUACCUUUCACCUAUUCGGCAUCAGAAUCUUGUGAUUCUAUUGGGCUACUGCCAGGAAAAUAAUCAACAGUUUCUCAUAUAUGAAUAUAUACCUAAAGGAAGCGUCUCCAGUCACUUGUAUGGAACGGGCCAAUAUUCACGUGAAAAGUUAGAAUUCAAGCAUAGAGUUUCAAUAGCUCUAGGGGCAGCUAAAGGUUUGGCUCAUCUUCACUCUCAGAGUCCCCGUCUGAUACAUAAGGAUUUCAAGACUGCCAAUGUUCUUGUUGGUGAAAAUUUUAUAGCUAAGGUUGCAGAUGCAGGACUUCGUAAUUUCCUAGGAAGAGUUGAUGUAGCAGGCCCAUCUUCUCAAGUGACAGCAGAUGAGAUAUUCCUUGCCCCAGAAGUGCAAGAGUUCAGACGAUUUUCUGAAAAAAGUGAUGUAUACAGUUUCGGGGUAUUCCUCUUGGAGCUAGUAAGCGGGCGGGAAGCAACGGAAUCACCUUCUUUUGACUCAAAUCAGAACCUGGUUGAAUGGGUGCAAAAUAAUCAAGAACAUAGCAAGUUUUCCGACAUCAUUGAUCAAAGAUUGGUGAAUACCUUUACAGCCGAAGUUAUGGAGGAGGUUAUACAACUGAUAGUACGAUGUGUGGAACCUUUGAGUGAGCGGCGACCUGCCAUUAGCUAUGUGGUUAUGGAACUUGAUCGGAUACUUGAUAAAGAGGUGAGCUUGACAACAGUCACGGGGGAAGGGACCCAAACGGUGGCACUCGGAAGCCAGUUAUUUAGAGCAACAAAAUAAAAGACAUUUGUUUACCAUAAUGUUGAGUGUGAUAUUUGUGAAAUAAUGUUUUUACUUUAUUUAUUUUUUUUCCAUUUUUUUUGUUAAACACGAGAGAAGAAGAAAUCCAGCUGUUUGAUAAGUGUAUAAAGAACGGCUGUAUUAUUUUUCUUAUUUAUUUUUUUUUUUCAUAAAUAUAUGAGCAACCUUGUUGUAAACCAUUAUUUUUGUUAAUAACAUAGUGAAGUUUGGGGUUGGAGUGA